AUGCGCCCCGAGUCCCUCGUCGAGGUUCUUGACGAUCACCACGUCGACGUAGCGGACGCGGAGAAGAACUUCCACAACUUGGCACGCAAGCUCUCGCACAAGUCGCGGUCUCAGCGGACUCUGCACAACAAUCAUGACAGCACGACCACGGUUGGGGGCGACCCCGAGAUGGGCAAAAGGGACGAAGACGAGGUCUUCGAUCUGCGCGAGUACCUCACGUCCUCAAACGAUGCGCAGCAGGCAGCUGGGAUCAAGCACAAGCAUGUCGGUGUUACCUGGGAGAACCUGCGAGUAGAUGUUGUCGGUGGCGUCAACAGCAAGGUCUACAUCCCUACACUGCUUGACGCCAUCAUUGGUUUCGUCCUGGCCCCUUUGAUGUUCAUCUGGAGCUUCAUCCAACCUCUCUUCCCUGUUGCGAAGACUCAGUACAGGACUAUCUUGCAUGAGUCUUCUGGCGUUUUGAAGCCUGGCGAAAUGUGUCUGGUACUCGGUGCUCCAGGCUCUGGCUGCACUACCUUCCUCAAGGUCAUUGCAAACGAGCGCGGCGAAUACGCGAAAGUUUCGGGCGACGUUCGGUAUGCCGGUAUCGACGCUCACGAGAUGGCGAAGCACUACAAGGGCGAAGUCGUGUACAACGAAGAAGAUGAUGUCCAUCUUCCGACCCUCACCGUUGGUCAGACCCUCGAGUUCGCGUUAUCGACGAAGACCCCUGGCCCUACCGGCCGUCUUCCCGGUGUCUCGCGCCAGCAGUUCAACAACGAGGUCGAGGAUAUGCUCUUGAAGAUGUUGAACAUUCAGCACACGAAGAACACUUUGGUCGGCAACGAAUUCGUCCGCGGCGUUUCCGGUGGCGAGCGCAAGCGUGUCAGCAUCGCCGAGAUGAUGACCACUCGCGCCCGUGUACAGACCUACGAUAACAGCACCCGCGGUCUCGACGCGUCGACGGCACUCGAUUUCGCGAAGUCCCUGCGAGUCAUGACGGACGUCCUGGGCCAGACCGUCUUCGUCUCGCUCUACCAGGCAGGCGAGGGUAUCUACGAGCUCUUUGACAAGGUCAUGGUCCUCGACAAGGGCCGCCAGGUCUACUUCGGUCCCCCGUCUGAGGCACGUCAAUACUUCGAGCAGCUCGGCUACAAGUCGCUUCCUCGUCAGACCUCUGCGGACUACCUCACCGGCUGCACGGAUCCCCACGAACGCCAGUUCGCUCCUGGACGCACCGCUGACGAUAUUCCCUCUACCCCGGAGGACCUCGAGCGCGCCUUCCUCGCCUCCAAGUAUGCGUACGACAUCAAUCGCGAGCGCGAGGAGUACAACGAACACAUGCAGAUCGAGCGCACUGACCAGGAAGCCUUCCGCGCAGCCGUCCUCGCCGACAAGAAGAAGGGCGUGUCAAAGAAGAGCCCGUACACGCUCGGCUACUUCGGCCAGGUCAUGGCGCUCACUAAGCGGCAGUUCUUCUUGCGGAAGCAGGACAUGUUCCAACUGUUCACCAGCUAUACGCUGUUUGCGGUUCUCGGUCUCAUCGUCGGUGGCGCGUAUUUCAACCAGCCCCUCACUUCGAAUGGCGCGUUCACGCGUACAUCGGUCGUCUUCGCCUCGCUGUUCAACAUCUGCUUGGAUGCCUUCGGUGAGAUCCCGACCGCGAUGAUGGGCCGCCCGAUCACCAGGAGGCAGACGAGCUACAGCAUGUACCGCCCCUCUGCGCUGGCGCUGGCCAACACUAUCGCCGACUUCCCGUUCUCUGCGUCGCGUCUGUUCUUGUUCAACGUGAUCAUCUACUUCAUGUCGAACUUGGAUCGCUCCGCGGGCGGCUUCUUCACCUACUACCUGAUCAACCUCGUCGCCUACCUGGCGUUCCAGAGUUGCUUUAGGAUGCAGGCGCUCAUCUUCAAGAGCUUCGACCAUGCGUUCCGGGUUGCCGUCAUUGUCCUGCCCAUCAUGCUCGAGUACUGUGGCUACUUCAUCCCAGUCGAUUCCAUGCCCCGCUGGCUGUUCUGGAUUCAGUACAUCCACCCAUUCUCGUACGCUUGGUCGGCGCUCAUGGAGAACGAGUUCAUGCGCGUGAACCUGGCUUGCGAUGGCGAUUACGUCGUUCCGAGGAACGGCAAUGGGGUCACGAAGUACCCUGACUCCUUGAGCGCGAACCAGGCUUGCACGCUGUACGGCUCGUCGGGUGGUGAGGCGAUCGUCAGUGGCAAAGAUUAUAUUAGCGCUGGCUACUUCCUGUCCCCGGCUGACUUGUGGAGGCGCAAUUUCCUGGUCCUCGUCGGGUUCGCCUUGCUCUUCAUCGGUCUGCAGGUCGUUAUCAUGGACUACUUCCCGUCUUUCGAUGUUCCAUCCGCGGUCGCGAUCUUCGCCAAGCCGGGCAAGGAAGAGAAGAAGCUCAACACGGUGCUUCAGGACAAGAAGGACGAGCUUAUCUCCAAGACCGAAAGCAUUCGCUCGGUCUCUGACCCGAGAGAAACAUACCGCAAGACUUUCACGUGGGAGAAUGUCAACUACACGGUCCCUGUCCCCGGUGGCACGCGCCGCAUUCUGCACGACGUCUCUGGCUUCGUCAAGCCCGGCACGCUCACAGCGCUCAUGGGCUCUAGCGGUGCAGGCAAGACGACGUGUCUCGAUGUACUCGCUCAGCGUAAGAACAUCGGCGUCAUCACCGGUGAUAUCCUCGUCGACGGUCGCCCCCUCGCCCACGACUUCGCCCGCAAGACCGCGUAUGCUGAACAGAUGGACGUGCACGAGCCAAUGACGACGGUCCGCGAGGCCCUGCGCUUCUCCGCGUACCUCCGGCAGCCCGCAAAUGUGCCCAUUGAGGAGAAGAACGCAUACGUCGAGGAGAUCAUCGAGUUGCUGGAGCUGCAUGAUCUGACGGAGGCGCUGGUGAUGAGCCUGAGCGUCGAGGCGCGCAAGCGCUUGACGAUCGGUGUUGAGCUGGCGUCGAAGCCGGAGCUGCUCCUUUUCCUGGACGAGCCGACGUCUGGUCUGGACGCUCAGUCUGCGUGGAACUUGGUGCGCUUCCUGCGCAAGCUCGCGGACCAGGGUCAGGCUAUUUUGUGCACGAUUCACCAGCCGUCCUCCCUCCUCUUUGAGAGCUUCGACCGCCUGCUUCUUCUCGAGCGCGGUGGCGAGACCGUCUACUUCGGUGACAUCGGCGCUGACUCGCACAUCCUCCGCGACUACUUCGCUCGUUAUGGCGCCGUCUGCCCGCAGAACGUCAACCCGGCCGAGUACAUGCUCGAGGCUAUCGGUGCCGGCAUCGCUCCCCGUGUCGGCGAUCGCGACUGGAAGGACAUUUGGCUGGAGUCGCCCGAGUACCGUUCGGUGCGCAAGGAGAUCGACGAUAUUAAGGAGCGUGGUCUUGCUCGUCCGGACGAUACCGACAAAAAGGCUUCGACGUAUGCCACCUCGUUCUUCUACCAGCUCAAGGUCGUCUUCAAGCGGAAUAACCUGGCCAUCUGGCGCUCGGCGGAUUACAUUUUGUCGCGGUUGUUCACGUGCAUCGCGAUCUCGCUCAUGAUCACCCUCGGUUUCAUCAACUUGGGCAUCAGCGUGCGCGACAUGCAGUACCGCGUCUUCUCUAUCUACUGGGUCAUCAUCAUCCCGGCGUUCGUCAUGUCGCAAAUCGAGCCCCUGUUCAUCUUCAACCGUCGCACCUUCGUCCGCGAGUCGUCCGCGCGCAUCUACUCGCCAUACGUUUUUGCGAUAGGCCAGUUGCUGGGCGAGAUCCCGUACUCAAUCGCCUGCGGUAUCGUCUACUGGCUGCUCAUGGUUUACCCUCAAAACUUCGGCCAGGGCGCCGCUGGACUUGAUGGCACGGGCUUCCAGCUCCUUGUCGUCAUGUUUAUGAUGCUCUUCGGAGUGUCCCUCGGCCAGUUCAUCGCGUCGAUCUCGCCCAAUGUCGGUGUCGCGGUCCUCUUCAACCCCUGGUUGAACUUGGUGAUGGGCACCUUCUGCGGUGUGACGAUUCCGUAUCCGGCCAUGAUCACCUUCUGGAAGGUAUGGCUGUACGAGCUCAACCCCUUCACGCGCACGAUUGCCGCCAUGGUGUCUACUGAACUCCACGGUUUGCCGGUGGUGUGCAAGGAGGAAGAGUUCUCGGUCUUCACCCCGCCCACUGGACAGUCCUGCGAUCAAUGGGCAGGCGACUUCGUGUCCGCAUUCGGUGGCUACCUGGACAACCCGAAUGCGACGAGCGACUGUCGGUACUGCCAGUAUAAGGUCGGCGACGAGUACUUCGAGCCCUUGCACAUGUCGUACGAGCACCGAUGGCGAGACGCGUGCAUCUUGCUCGCGUUCUUCGGCUUCAAUGCCAUCAUGACGAUUAUUGCUUCACGCUAUCUGCGGUUCGCGAAGCGAUAGUUCCGGACGGAUGUUUCUCAUGUUUGCAUGACUCUCCGAUGCUUAUUUAUUGGCUACCCUAUCAUCAUUCCAGUCCAGUACGCAAUGAAGUAAUAUAGCACAUCCGACCCGUACCUAUAUAUUCGUGACGACACUUUCAUAUCACUUGCUUGCAAU